AUGGCCUUCCCUCGGCUUCGCGCUCUUCAUGUCGCUACCUCCUGCUUCGCAUCGCUGAAGAGGUACCCACCAGUGGCGAAAUGCCCCCCGCCUAUCGUACGUCUCACGGUCGAUGGGAUUGACUCCGAUGUGAUCAAUUGGCUUCUGGAAUAUACCGGCAAUACGUUGCAGGACCUCACUCUAUCUGCGAGUGAAGGAUGCGGCCCAAGAUCUUUGCUGGGACUCUCUUCUCCUGCCACCAGCAUCGAAGGCGUACAGGCUCUGGAUGAAGAGAUCGCGGAGCUACGGCUUUUGAGGGUGUCGUUCUGCAUGCCUCAUCAGAAGAGAAAUCGGGCUCGAUGGUAUCGCGAGCGUGUCAGAGACAUAUUCCCUCGCUUGACGGCACAGACCCUGACGGAUAUAUGCCCCGAAGGUGUUGAAGUGGGACAUGAUGCGCAAGUCUGUUCCGUGUCAUUCUCUCCGGACGGGAAGUGGAUUGCGACAGCCGCACAGGACAGGACUGUAAUUCUGUGGGAACUGGGGUAUCACUCUGCGAUGCGGGAUUGGAUCAUCGACGACAGUGCCAGUGUAGAAUCCGGAACGGUCUCCAUUGCAUUUUCUCCCAAAGGUCGAUGGCUCGCGUCUUCCGGGGCUGGCAAAACCAUCAAGAUAUGGGACGCCGAGGUUACAGACAUAGAUAAGCGCCAUGCAGACCUUGUGCACGACAGCACAGUGGCCACGUUCGCGUGGCAAUCGGCCGGCAUCACACUCGUUUCGGUGGCGAACGACGGUAUCGUGCGCCUCUGGGACACCGAGACGCUUCAAGAAAUACGUUGCUUUCCACUCCACAACUUCCGUCCGACGAACGGCGAUGCCUCCUUCUUUCUUCUACCACGGUAUGGCGAGUGGCUCUGCUCGCCUGAUGGCCGAUGGCUCUUUCUAGAGCAGAAUGGUUUUCCUCGAGAAAAAGUCAUUUGGGACAUAUCUUGCGGAUGUCCUUGGAAAAUUCUCAGACAAAAUGAGGAAGAUGCUUCCUUCUCGAUGACCACCGCUGUAUUCAGCCCGAACAGCAAGCUCCUGGCUGCCGUCUCUUUCCUCCCAACCGCCCGCGACCUCAUCCGACUUUGGGACGUCAGGACAGGAAAGCUUAUCGUCCGGAAAACCAUCUUGAGGGAUACCUAUAGCCGACCUCCCGGUACCGUUGUAUUUUCUCCCUUUGGCUGUUUGGUCUUGUACUACAACUGCGAUUCCUCGUCUCCGGCUCAGGUUUGGGAUAUGAACACUGGUCGCGGCCACGAGCUGCUCUCACCGCCUUCCCAUUCCUGCCAACCAUGGGGGAUGACCCAGGCCGCUUGCUUUUCUCCGGAUGGGCGCCACAUAGCGACCGCUAGCAAAGACGGUGUCAGGAUUUGGCGCACCGACGACGGUGCGCGUGUAAUCGCCGUCGCAUUCCACUCAUUGGAGGUUGGUGACACCUCGUACCUCGGGUUCUCGCAGGAUGGGCGAGUACUGGUGUCCGCAGACACAUUCGGAGCGGUGCACAUGCACCCUCUGAAGCAUCUCAUUCGAGGUUGGCCUGACGUCUGA